AUGUUUGGAGGGAUUACAAGCCAGGAGAUUUUAUUCAACACACUAUGGAUUUCCCUUUUGCGACGUGAGCCUCUUCUUCAACUUUCCAAAGUGCACAAACAAUACGUUGUUGUCCGGAAGAUUUUCCUUAAUCGCAGCCCUUUAUACCACACCCCAACAAAACCCCAACCUCUAACCCUACACGAAGAACACGACCUCCAAUUGGCGCGCGCGAGGCUUGACAGAAUCUGCAGACGAGCAGUCGAGGCCGAUAUCCCUCUCUUGAUCGAUGCAGAAGACACCUCAAUCCAGCCAGCCAUCGAUCACUUUGCCUACUGGGCCGCUGUGGAACAUUCCGGUAGGGAAGACGGGAGUCCCAUCAUAUUCAACACGAUCCAAGCGUAUCUGAAGGACGCGAAGGAGAGGCUCGUGGCUGCUAAGGAAGCUGCUGACCGAAUGGGGGUGCCCGUGGGGUUUAAGCUGGUGAGGGGAGCUUACUUGUCGAGCGAGAGGAUGUUGGCUGAUAGGUUGGGGGUUAAGUCACCCGUUCACGAUAGCAUAGGGGAAACUCACGCAUGUUUCGACUCGUGUGCUGAUUUUCUGCUUGAUGAGAUCGGGAGCGGGUCUGGUUAUGCUGUGCUGGCGACCCACAAUGUUGAAUCAGGGAAAAUGGCAGCGUCAAAAGCGGUUAACCUGGGAAUCAGAAAGAACAGCCCAUAUCUCCAUUUUGCUCAGCUCUAUGGAAUGUCAGAAGCACUUUCUUUUGGGUUGAAAAAUGCCGGUUUUAACGUGAGCAAAUAUCUACCAUUUGGACCGGUCGAGCAAAUCAUGCCUUAUCUUCUCAGAAGGGCUGAAGAAAACAGGGGACUCUUGGCUGCCUCAUCCCUUGAUAGGCACCUCAUGAGCAAGGAGAUAAUAAGGCGUUUUGCAUCAAGAUCGAUCUAG